AUGGCAGACAAAUCGAUAGCACCUCCUGCGGUCCCUGACCUAUGGAACCCUUACAACUUCGCAUCCACCUCCGUAACGCUUCCUAGUUGUGGCCAGGACGCUGGACGACACCCUGCCUUAGUUCCCAUGGUUCUAGAGGCAGCGCUGCUCUGUGAUCCCAUGAUCGUGGAGGUGGAGGUCGAUCCGAUGGAGGUGACCUCCAACCAGGUCGAUCAUGCAGGCAUAACUAUCGACCAAGGUGGGAUGGAGGUCCCACCUUCCACCCCAACGAAGGCACACUCCAUGGCUAUGCUUUUGGCCCAUUGCAUAGUGGUCGGACCACAAGCUGAGGCAGCUAACGGCACAACAAUGGGCGGUGUCUAG